AUGCAUGUACUCGCUACAAUUCUGGCUGUCGCCACUGUAGCACAGGCACACUAUACUUUCCCACGGCUCGUUAUAGAAGGAAAGCCAGAGGAUAAAGACUGGUCUUCGACCCGCGAGACCAAGAACGCAAAUACCAAGCAAGGCAUUGAGAACCCCACCGUUGCUGACAUUCGCUGCUACACUUCCAAAACCGCGCCAAACAUUGCAAUUGUGCCAGCCGGGUCAACCGUCCACUAUAUCUCGACGCAACAAGUCAACCACCCAGGACCGACACAAUACUAUCUUGCAAAGGUUCCAGACGGCAAGGAUGUAAAGAGUUGGGAUGGGAGUGGCGCAGUGUGGUUCAAGAUCAGCACUACGAUGCCAAGCGUAAAUGCGCAGAAGCAGAUGAGCUGGCCAGGACAGAAUGAGUAUACUACUCCCAACACAACAAUUCCUGCUACGACACCCGCGGGCGAGUACCUGCUUCGCGUUGAACACAUAGCACUACACAUGGCUAUGCAAGCCAACAAAGCGCAGUUCUACCUCGCCUGCUCGCAGAUCAAAAUUACCGAGGGAGGAAGCGGGGUCCCUGGACCACUUGUUGCAUUGCCUGGCGCAUACAAAAGCAACGACCCAGGGAUUCUUGUAGAUCUGAACAAAUACACGGCAGCCCCUGAGACAUAUCAGCCACCAGGUCCAGUUGUUUGGCGUGGUUAA